AUGUCAGCUAAUAUUCGUCAAAUGUCUGAAGCUUGCGGAAUUUGUGCUCAAUUCCAAAUGGAACAACCGAGAGAGCCUAUGAAAUCGCAUGAGAUUCAGGAGUUACCCUGGUCAAGAAUAAGUGUGGAUUUAUUUCAAUUAGCUGGUAAGAACUAUUUGGUUAUGGUUGAUCAUUAUAGUGACUUCAUUGAACUUGAUCACUUGAAAAACACUACGGCUAAUUCUGUAAUUAAGGUGAUGAAAAAGAACUUUGCAAGGCAUGGAAUUCCAAGUGAAUGCGUUAGUGACAAUGGUCCUCAAUUUGACAGUUCGGAAUACAGAUCGUUUGCGAGAGAAUAUGGUUUUACACCGGUUAAGUCGUCUCCGUAUUAUAGUCAAGGGAAUGGUAAAGCAGAAUCGGCGGUGAAGGUUGCAAAAUAUUUAAAAAAUCGGGCAACGAAGAUCCUUACUUGGCAUUACCAGCUUAUCGCAAUACUCCGCAACAAGGAUACGUAUAUUCUCCAGCUGAAAGAUUAAUGGCACGGAAACUAAAGGAUAUUAUUCCAAUGGUACCGUCACAGUUAAAACCACGAUUAGUUGACAGCAAAAUUGUAAGAGAGGACAUAAUGAAGAGAAGAAUUCAAUCAAAGAUUCAGUAUGAUAAAAAAGCGUCACGUCCAUUGAAAGAUUUAGCCGUUGAUGAUCGUGUUUACGUGAAGCCUAGGCAAAAGCAUAAGCCUUGGAUUUAUGGGAAAGUCAUCGAAAGGCCUGAUGAAAGGACGUGUGUUACGCAAACGCCAUUAGGAUUAGUUCGCCGAAAUCGGAAGCAUCUCAGAAAGAUUAAAGGGGAAAGUUCAGAACAUCAAGUACGUGAUGAACAAUUCAUGGAUAUUGUUUCUUUACCGGAUAUUGAUAGUGACGUGACUAGUAGCAACAACAACACGGUUGAUCCUGAUGAAGAAAGGGCUGGAAAUGCAGAACAGGUAUCCGGAGAAGAUCUCGUGUCAUUAAGAAGAUCUGAGAGA